AGGGCCAGCUGCUCCAGCUUUUUCCCCAGCUGGCUCAGGCCGACCUCCUCCCGCUUCCCCAGUAACGGCCGCAAGCAGCGUGAUCCCAGAGACAGGCGGCACUGGAGGAAGGACGACUCCGCAAUUCGGUAGCGGGGGAGUCUUUCCGCCGCCGGGUCGAUCAAGGUGCCUAAUCUGGCCACCUCCGUCCGACCUGCGGCCUGGCUUCCUGCCCAUCUGCGGGGCGCCUGGCGCAGGCCUCUCCCCCACCCCUCCGGCACACCAGAUUUCCUCAACCUUUUCUUUUUUUUCUCAAAUACCCGCCGGAUACCUACAAUCGCUAGAUUCCCGCCUCACCGGGAACGGAACACGCGCUUCCGAGCGUCCCCGGGUAUCCCUAAGGCUAAACCCGAAGUGGGCGGAGUCUAGGUCUUCUAGCCCGCGCAGCCGAGCGAAGCAACCAUUGGCCACUCUUCCCUUUGCCACACCCCUCUGCCGGUUACGUAGAGUCUUCAGAAGGUAGCGGAAGGCUACUGUCAACUGUCGAUCUGGAUCCCCGAUGAGUGCGCUCUCUCUGGCGCUUCAUUGGCUGUGCCCAGUCUCAUAUUGUCUCGCGUUCCAGGGUUAAGCCAAUGGCAUCGGCCGCAGUCGGAUAGCCGGCAUCCUUGCAGCGGUGGCGCCGUCGCUCCCUCCGCAUUCCAUUGAUAUUAUAAGAAGAACCGUGAGUGAAAAAAAAAAUGCCUCUGUUUAGUAAGUCACACAAAAAUCCAGCAGAAAUUGUUAAAACUCUGAAGGACAACCUGGCUAUAUUGGAAAAGCAAGAAAAAAAGACAGAUAAGGCUUCAGAAGAAGUGUCUAAGUCACUGCAAGCAAUGAAAGAAAUUUUGUGUGGUACAAAUGACAAGGAACCACCCACAGAAGCUGUGGCCCAGUUAGCCCAAGAAUUGUAUACUAGUGGUCUGCUUGUAACCCUGAUAGCUGACCUGCAGCUGAUUGACUUUGAGGGGAAAAAAGAUGUAACCCAGAUAUUUAACAACAUAUUGAGAAGACAAAUAGGUACUCGAAGUCCUACAGUGGAAUACAUUAGUGCACAUCCUCAUAUCUUAUUUAUGCUUCUUAAAGGAUAUGAAGCACCACAGGUUGCCUUACGUUGUGGAAUUAUGCUGAGAGAAUGUAUCCGAUAUGAGCCACUUGCCAAAAUUGUCCUGUUUUCCAGUCAGUUCAGAGAAUUUUUCAAGUAUGUGGAAUUGUCCACAUUUGACAUUGCUUCAGAUGCCUUUGCUACAUUUAAGGACUUAUUAACAAGACACAAAGCAUUGGUGGCAGAAUUCUUAGAACAAAAUUAUGACACUAUUUUUGAAGACUAUGAAAAGUUGCUUCUCUCUGAGAAUUAUGUGACUAAGAGACAAUCUUUAAAGCUGCUAGGUGAACUGAUUCUAGACCGACACAACUUUGCUAUUAUGACAAAGUACAUCAGCAAGCCAGAGAAUCUGAAGUUAAUGAUGAACCUUCUCCGAGAUAAAAGUCCAAACAUUCAGUUUGAAGCAUUUCAUGUCUUUAAGGUGUUCGUGGCCAGCCCUCACAAGACCCAGCCGAUUGUGGAGAUUCUGUUAAAAAAUCAACCAAAGCUCAUUGAGUUUCUGAGCACCUUCCAGAAGGAAAGGACGGAUGAUGAGCAAUUCACCGACGAGAAGAAUUAUUUGAUUAAACAAAUCCGAGACUUGAAAAAAACAACCCCUUGAAGAUUUUACCUAAUUUUCUGCCAUAGGCAUUAAUCCUAUUUGGUCACUUUGUAUAAACGUCAUUUAAUAUAGUGCUUGGGAAGGCAUGCACAUGCCUAUUUUAAUUCAUUGUUCAGAUAAGUGGAGUACAAAACUUUUUAAAUGGGAAAGUUAAAAAAACUAGAAUAAUAUAUUCUUUUUAAUCAAGUCUGUGAUUAUUUGUCAAAUUAGCAAACCUCUGCAUUAGAAACCAACCAGUUUUUUUCCACGUGUUUGCAGCAACUCGUCCUUGCUUUACUACCAGCAGACUUGAGCUGUCAUUUACUGUAACUGCACCAAGUAGGAGCUCAGGUGAUUGUCCUGAUCUUUUUCUUUGCACUUCUAGUCCUGACUGUGCACACGUGGGAACCAUGAAGGAGCCCGAGCUCUUUGGCCACGUUUGCUUAUAGCAAAAGCAUUUAAGUCAGGAGAGGCUAGAAUCAAAAAGAUGAUCACUGUAAGCAUUUUUGUCUUUCCUUCUUUGUUUCCGUCCCGAUGUCCUUUGGUUGAUUCUAAAUGAGUAGUUCCUAGCCUUUGGGAGAAAUUCCUAUUCUCUUGCCAUAGUUGAGAUUUGAGCUUGUUCAGGACUAUCUUUUAGCUUCUAGAACAAGGUUGAGCUGCUCCUGACGCUAGUCCAGUGAUUACCAGAGCAACCCAGCCUCUACGGAGGAGUCUUGGCUUCAAAGUGGCCAUCCAGAAGAUCCCUAAGGGAAGCCCGAAAUCUAAGAAAUUAUGUCCUUGUUGGUACUUCAAGUAGACGAUCAAAGGCAAUUAAUCUAGAACCAAAAGUGGUAUCAAUGCUGCUCGUCACCCCAAUGGAUUCUGGGUACAUCUUGUGGAUGUCACGUCACUUUCACAGACCUAGGAGUGACAUCAGAGGCAAAGGCUUGGGUCCAAAGGUUGCACAGGUGUUUGGGGCACUCAUUUUCAUAGGAAAAUACAGAACUAGGGAGGAGGUAAAUAAAAGAUAUGAAGAGAUAUCCCUAAAACAAGAGAAAACUGUUACAUAUUGAUUUGAAAUCAGUUAAACUCUAUAGCAGACUCUAGCAAAAGGAAAGCAAACCUGUGAGAUUCUGUGGCCCAAUAUACUGGUUGCAUAUUAGAGUGAUUAAGGAUUUAAUUUAUGCUCUUUAGAAAAGGCAUGGACCCGAACAGGUCAUGGCUUACUCCCCGAUGUAUAAAAAUGAUGUUUGUCUUAGCACUCUUGAAUUUUAAAGCUCUAUUUACACGCUAUUAAAGGCAUGGUUACUAA